AUGAACUCUGUGGUUAACCCGAUGCAGAGCCAUCCUGCUGUUGGGAAGGACGAGGCCCUGAGCCUGGCGAAGCCGGGAGAGCCUGUUCAAUCGUAUGUACUGCGUUUAAAGGAGCUGUAUCGUAGGCUGGAGGAACAAGAUACAGAACAGGCCCCGACAGACUCUCACCUGAGAGACCAGUUCAUGCUUGGCCUGGAGGAUGGCGCCUUAUUGCGGGCACUAAAGAGAGUUGUCCGCUUGGCCCCAGACACCACGUUUAGUGCCAUACAGCAAGAGGCCCUCAUUCUAGAGGAAGAAAACAUGGGCUCAAGGUCACCCCACGCUACCUGCGCUGCAGUAAGGGAACAUAACCCCUCUAGAUCUCACCCACAGGCUGAAUUGUGGAAGCAGGAGCUAAAGCGGGAGAUCGUAGACGAACUGAAGGACUUCACUCGUGAACUCCUCCGGGAGUUGAGACCAAACAGCCCUGUACACGUGCCCAUACAUCGCAACGCCCCCCAGCGCUCAACCGAAAGAAGGUACAACCCUCAGUUUGCUGACCGACGGGAUGAAAGAGCCCAGGGUCCCAGCAAGCGUGGAGAGAUGCUUUCACCCUGUGCCAAAAGACCGCUGUCUGCACUGAGGAUGGGUUCAGAGGAUAUGUCUGGCCAGCUCAAAGGCGAGGAGUCAGGAUCCCUGCGCGGAGUGAGAUUGUCAUCUGGGGACGGACCAGAGCUGGACCAGCGGGGAAGGACUACUGUGGCCUAG